AUGGCCGCCAUCGUCGACCGCAGUCCUCCAACCCAUUCCCCUCCUGGUCCCCAUCCCAAGCGUCCUAGAGGCAUCCUCAAGAACUCGUAUCAAAAGUCUCCGCCCUCCUCACCACUUGACGAGGGGCCGCUCACCGAGAAGGAGCUCACCCUCGUCAACACCCAGUACAACGCUGGCCACCGCCGCUCCUCAUCUGCCGCCCGCCCUUCCGGCUCCCGCCGUCAAUCAAGCCGCACCCCCUCCCAUCAGGGCGACGACGUGCAAGACCUCGAAUCCUCUCAGCGCCUCAAGUGGGACGAGGCCAAUCUUUACCUGACCGAGCAGGAGCGCACCUCGACCAUGAAGAUUGACGAGCCCAAGACUCCCUAUGCCAAACACUACGACCCCGCCGAAGACCCCUCGGAUGACGAGGAGAUGGAGGGCUCCAACGAUGAGAAGAAGUCUCGCACGGCUCGCGCUGGUCCUAGCGUGGAAGAUGAUAUCCCUCUCAUGUCGCUUGGCGAGCCGGAGGAAGCGGUCCCGGAGAGCGAAUCGUCCAAAGAAAAAGCCCUCAAGGCCGUCCACGUCGACGACAGCGCCAGCGCGCACGGCGACGAUGACGAGCUGGCCGGUCUUUCGCCCGAGGAACGCGAGAAGCACCGCCGUUUCGAGGAGUUGCGCAAGAAGCACUACGAAAUGAAGGAUGUGGCCCACUUGUUGGGCCACCCCGAAGAGCUACUUGAGGACGAGGACGAAGACGAGGACGGGGAUGGCGCCCGGCCACCUGCAGUCCCUGCUCUCCCCCGGCCCAGCGAGGCUACCAAUGGCCAGGUUUGA